ACCCCUGCUGUGGAAACGUCGAUGCCCGGGACACCGCCAGAUCCCGAUCGUGGCACGCCCUCGAUCCAAUCACGCUGCCCGCUGCCCGCUCCAGGCCGAGGACAUGCCACGCUGCUAAACGUGCCAUGUUUGGAAGCGUCGUAACCGCUUGCGUUGGACCGAUCAAGUGGGCAUUACAUGUGGAUGCUUGGAAUUCCCAAAGUCCGGGUCAAAUUCCUGCAACUGGAAUGUCUGAUUGCCGCGCCCCCAAUCGCUUACCUAUCUACACGUGUAUGUGCUUGUACAUACCACGCCAAGAUUUGUUCUUGGAAGCCGAUCGCUAAUGCCCUUACACAGUAUUUCCACCAAGCCAACGUACGUACUAUCACAUACGGGUCUACGGUGGCUACUGUCCUACCAGUGGAUAGUUGUACUUGUACCACCUACUCCGUAUCCUCCGCAAUGCGAUGGAAAGCCAAUUGUCCGGCUCGUCUUGGCAGAACCGAGACAUCUUCGAGAACAUGGGCCAAGACCAGGCAUCCUAGCCUGUUCAGAUUGAGAUGGCCGGAACCUCUUCCCAAGAUGGGGCGGUGAUAAGGUCGCAGUGGACUUUGUUGCCUCGCUGAAGCGCAGUACACUUACACUACAGAGUAUGGGACAUGUCAUGGUUGCCUGCCGAGUGCAUGAAUGGUCACCGUACGGAUACAUGUUUGCUCAUCGACAAGUAACUUAUAAAAGCCCCUGCAUUCAGCCUCGGUGUCGCUUG